UUAAGCACGGGUGGAUGCACUUUCUAGGUUGUAUGUAUGGAUAUUUUUUUUGACCAGCAAUUUACGGACAAUAAUUACAAAGUUUGUAAAACUAUCUUUAUAUUCAUUAUAAACACAAAGACUGAAGCCUAAAUGACGACAGUGGAGUGCUAGUGAUACAAUUAACAACUUGUCAUUUUUUUCCGUUAUCGUCUUAGUUUGUUAGAUACGCUUGCUAUGGCUACCUAGCAAGCUACUUGUAGCCAGCUAACGUUAACUCAGUUAGCUCUCUAUUCUCGUCCUCUCAUGCAAAACAAGCUGCUAAGCUUAGCUAGUUCUCUCUUUGACUAAGUUUAGCUCACUUAUAGGUUUAUCAGCAGUUAGCAAACAUAGCUAGAGGGUGAGGAGAGGAGGCUCUCUUGUUGCCACGCAACUGUAUGACCCACUGUCUUCAACACCUGUUGGAAAGGUGACCCCUGCUUGACCUGUGACAAGUCACAUCAUCCACUGAGAGUGGCACCAGCAUGGCAGGGCUGGCGUUAGAGUGGAGGGGCUGACGUCAUGCUCUCACCCUCCUGACACAUUUUUUAGAAAGCCCUCAACACUAGAACGAGAGAGGGAGGAAAAGCCUUAGAGGGAGACAGACAGCCCUUGACAGUGAAACGAGAGAGAGAGAGGAGAGAGAGAGAGAGAGGAUAGAGAAGGGAGGAGAGGAGAGAGAUUAAGCCUCAUCAAAAGAAACAACAGUUCUCGUUCACAAUGCAUCUCAUUGACUUACCAUGCCAGUAAAGCUCAUUGAAUGGAAUUGAGAAACUCACAUGAGUCUUUUCAACCUCUCUCCUCUUCCCUGGUUGUUGUUCUAGGCCCAAAUUACAAUAUGUUCUCAGUCAACAUACCUGGUAUCAUAAUGGUUGGAUAAAUAACAUCAGUUAACUUACCUGGUAACAUAAGGGUUGGAUAAAUAACAUCAGGCAACUUACCUGGUAACAUAAGGGUUGGAUAAAUAACAUCAGUCAACUUACCUGGUAACAUAAGGUUUGGAUAAAUCACUUCAGUCAACCUACCUGGUAACAUAAGGGUUGGAUAAAUUACAUUAAAUAACAGAACAACGAGAGUCAAAACAAUGUUCAGACAGACGGACACCUCGUCCAAGAGACGUCAUGGAGGACGUGGGGGUCUCACAGCCUUACCCUCGCCUCCUCACCCCCACCAGGGUGGGCGUAUCCGGGGGGUGGAGGUGGCCCGCGGGAGGGCAGGCUAUGGGUUCACCCUCUCUGGCCAGGGCCCCUGUGUCCUCAACUGCAUUCUAAAAGGAAGUCCGGCGGACUACGUGGGUCUCCGCUCCGGUGACCACAUCCUGUCCGUGAACGACAUCAACGUCUCCGGGGCGUCGCACGAGGACGUCGUCAAGCUGAUUGGCCGAUGCACGGGGGUUCUGCUACUGGUCGUCGCCGAGGGAGACCGGGGUGGCCGUCGUCACGGACACGGCGGUACCAACCGCAACCGUCGCCACGGGAACAAUUCGGGAAGUCCAGCCGGAGGAGCGGCAGCCGCCGCGGACUCGUGCUCCAGCGACGAGGAGUUGUGUGGUUUCCAUAACAGCAGCAGCGGAGGAGGAAACAACAAAAACGUGAAGCCUGGUUCCCGUGGUAACAGCGCCAGCGGAGGCGGUGUAGGAGGAGGAGGAGGAGGAGGAGGGGGUGGUGGCUGGUUCAAGCCCAAGCUGGACUCUAAGACCCUGGGUAUUAACAGGGCAGAGAGGGUGGUGGCGGAGAUGCAGUCUGGAGGAAUAUUCAACAUGAUCUUUGACAACUCUUCACACUCCUCCAGCAGCUCAGAGAAAGACAGGGUCAUCGCUCCUCCUCCUCCUCCUCCCCGUGCCUCCUCUUCCUCGUCUGCGUCGGCCAAGCCUGCGAGGCCCCUGUCAGAGCCAGAGUUCCCCCCGUACCAUAAGGGGAGAGGCCGUUCCCACAGCAACCCCAACCUGCUCUCUGAGGAGGAGCUGGACAGGGUUCUAAUGGCCGACGACUCAGUGUUCCUGGACGGGUUCCAUCUGCAGGAGGCAGAGAUCCAGGUGGAGGUGGAAGGGGAGGACUUCUCCCUGGAGCCCAGUGAGGGUAUCCUGAACGUGGGUAUGAUGGUAGGGUACCUGGGCUCCAUAGAGCUGGCCUCUACAGGAGCUAGUCUGGAGAGUGACAGUCUGCAGGCCAUCAGAGGAAGCAUGAGACGACUCAGGGCUGAACAGAAGAUACACUCCCUGGUCCUCAUGAAGGUGAUGCACGAUUGUGUGCGGCUGUGCAGUGACAGGAGACAGGUCCUUGCUACCUACCCCGCCGAAAAGCUAGCCUUCAGCGCCUGUUGCCCCGACGACCGACGCUUCUUCGGACUGGUCACCAUGCAGGCCACCCGUGACGACGACGGUCACUAUGGCAAUGGUAACCGGGAGGAAGAGGGCGGGCUGAGGACUUCCUGUCACGUGUUCAUAGUCGACCCGGAACUCUGUCAUCACCAGGUCCAUGUGGGUGUGGCCAGGAGGUUUGGGUUUGAGUGUACUCCUGAUCCCGAUACUGGAGGGUGUCUGGAGUUCCCCCCUACCUCCCAGCCUCUGCUCCAGUUUGUGUCUGUUCUCUACCGGGACAUGGGGGUGAACAUCGAGGGGGUCCGGGCGCGGGCGUUCGUUGAUCCGGACAACGACCCACAGCAGAACCACAGCACCAGUAGCAACAGCGACAGCGGCAUCGGUAACUUCCUGCCAGAUGAAAAGAGUAACCGUGUCUUAUUGGUUGACCUGGGAGGCCAUAAUCACAACCCCGGUCCACGCCACUGGGACAGCCCUCCUCCUCCCUCGGCCCCGGGCUGGAACCAAGCCCCUCCCGGUGUCGUCCCUGGCCCCCCUCUCCCACCUCCUCCUCCCCCUCACCUCAACAACAGCUACCCACCCCCGCCUCUCCCCCCUGCCAUCCCCCCUCGAGGGGCCCACUCCUCCCAGCCCUCACUCCACCACUACCCGCCAGGGAAGAGGGGAGGAUCUGGAGGAGGAGCGGAGCAGAGCCUGGCCCCGCCCCAACACCAUCAGUCUCAACGCUGGUUACCAGUCCACGUCCUGAGAGACUGGAGACAACCAGGCCAGGCAGGACAAACGCAGGGACAAGGAGGCCUGUGUAGUGAUCAGGAGUCCUAUGCUGAGUCAACGGAUGGCUGGUCAUCAACCAACUGUAGCACCCUCCCGCCACCCAUGAACAAGAUACCCGCGGAUCGCUACAGGGCUCCGCUACCAGCCGGGGACCUGCCCCUGCCUCCGCAGCCUCCCGGGCUGGCCACGCAGAAGGAUGAGUGGGCUAAGAAGCUGUUUGGGCCCGCGGCUGGAGAGAAAGGACUCAGAGAGCACAAGCAGAAUGGGAAGAGACGCGGGAAUGGGAAAGAUGGGGAGAAGAAGGCUGGUCGGUUUAGAGGUCUGACGAAGGGCUUCCCUCCUCUACCUCAGCGCUCUUCGGGAAGGCGAUCCUUCGGCCGCAUUAGCCUGGCACGCUCGCUGGAUGACCUGGAGAAAACCCUGAACUGUGAGGGAGCUACGGAAGGAUCUGCUGUGGUCUCUGAUGGAGAGCUGAACAGUGUUGACCUACAGGGCUGUGGUAGUGACAACAGUCUGAACAGUAAUGCUAGUCUUCCCAGUGUCCAGUGCCAUCGACGUCACACAGAGAGACGGGUGGCCAGCUGGGCGGCCUGCUUUGAGAGACUGCUGCAGGACCCGGUCGGAGUCAGAUACUUCUCAGAGUUCCUGAAGAAGGAGUUUAGCGAGGAGAAUAUUGUGUUCUGGCAGGCCUGUGAGUUCUUCAGCCAUGUCCCCGACAACGACAAGAAACAGUUAUCUCAGAGAGCUAGACAGAUCUAUAACAGUUAUUUAUCCAGUAAGGCCACUACGCCGGUCAACAUUGACAGUCAGGCCCAGCUGGCAGACGAUAUCCUCAACGCUCCCAGACCAGACAUGUUUAAGGAACAACAACUACAGAUCUUCAACCUGAUGAAGUUUGACAGCUAUACUCGCUUCCUGAAGUCCCUCCUGUAUCAGGAAUGUAUGUUAGCGGAGGUGGAGGGGAGGCCUCUACCAGACCCCUACCACAUACCCAGCUCUCCUACCUCCAAACACAGUACCGGGUCAGAUAGAUCCACACCCAAGAAGGAGGACAAGAAGACUAAGUCGGGCCGCUCUCUGAACGAAGAGAGAGAGAGGGAUGAGUGCGGAGGAGAUAAGAAGAAAGGCAUGUUCUUUUCGUGGUCACGGAACCGGAGCUUCGGGAAAGGACCCAAGAAACGGGAUCUGGCAGACAUCAACUACAACUUCUCGGGCAGUAACGGGCGUAGGGAAUCACAAGGCUCUCUGUCAUCCGGAGCCAGUCUGGAACUGGGAACGUCCGGAUCUGGAAAGAACGAGGGUGGUUCUAUGGAGAGAGACAGAGAGCGAGGCGGUGACUCUGUAACCCUGAGACAGUGUAACAUCAACCUACCAGAUGGGGCAUGUUGCUCUGUGCCGGUCAGAGCUGGGUUCUCCAUCAGAGAGCUGCUGGUGGGUCUCUGUGAGAAACUCUGUAUCAACGUGGCAGCUGUAGACCUCUUCCUAGUCGGAGGGGAGAAGCCUCUGGUUCUGGAUCAGGACUGUAUGACUCUGUGCUCUCGGGACCUCAGACUGGAGAAACGGACUCUGUUCAGACUGGACUUGGUUCCUAUAAACAGGUCAGUGGGUCUGAAGGCUAAGCCCACUAAGCCGGUGACGGAGGUUCUGAGACCUGUAGUGGCCAAGUACGGCCUCCAGCUCAACGACCUGGUGGCCCGCAUCAGUGGGGAGAAGGAGCCUCUUGACCUGGGUCUCCCCAUCUCUAACCUGGAUGGACUGAGAGUGGUGCUGGAUGUAGCUGACAACACACCUGGGAAGGACAAACCGAUCGGGGCUCCGUCUAAAACCCAUGCCCCGCCCCCUACGACUAGGAACCAAUCAGCUACGGGGGAUGAGAGGGCGUCAGGGAAGCCCAGCGCGGUGCUCGGCAACGGAAACAAGCCCUCCUCCUCUGCCCGCGACGACCGCCUCUUACCCAGCAGCCACCGCAAGACGGCGGCGCCAAAUAAAGCCCCGCCCACUGAAAAGAGAAAGCAGAAAAAGAUUACUGUAGACGAAGCUGAAGAGCUCUUCCAGCUCAUAUCCAAAGCUCAGUGCAGCAGAGCAGACGACCAGCGAGGUCUGUUAGACAAGAGUGACCUGACGCUUCCCGACUUCCUCCGCCUCAGCCCUUCAUCACCACCCCUUCCUCUUCCUCCCGCCUGCGUCACCCAGCAUGGCCGCGGCGGUGGUAACCAUGGCGAUAGCGACAACUACGGCUACGGGGAAAACAGACGUCACGGCAACAAGGAAGGUGGAGGCGGUGGCUCGUUCCCUUUGAACACCGGCAGCCAAUCGCAGAGCUUGGAAUCCUCGCUCGGAACGGAAGGAGGAGGAGGGGGAAGACGAGCGCUCCUCCCCCCCUCUCACCACAACAGACCCCCUCCCCCGUUCCCCGGCACCACAGUCCACCCCCCCUCCCAGGGGCAGCACCACCUACGGGGUCUCCCCAGCCCAGACUGCACGGGGUCAGUACAGAUGUUACAAGAGGAACCCCUAGCGGACCUGACCCUGGUGGGAGAAGGGGACAUCAACAGUCCUAACUCCACUCUCCUAACCCCACACCACUCCUCCUCCACUACCCAUAACCCACCACGCUUCUCCCAACACGACCUCCACAGCUCGCCCUGCUCAGGUACCUCCACUGUGUGAACUCUGAACCGUGGCCUUUCACCUUCGAACUGCGUUUUGACCUCUGAACUAUCCUCUCCUCUCUCUCCUGAAAUGGAACCCUGUUCCCUAUAUAGUGCACUACCCCUAUAGCUCUGGUGGAAAGUAGUGUGCUAUAUAGGGAAUAUGGUUAUAUUUGGGACUCCCAGUCUCUGGGAGGUGAAGUUAAAACCCCUUCAGGACACUGAUCUAAGGUCUGUUAUCUGUCCUGAGGUUACAUCUAGAUGAUGUGGUUCAGGGGACAGCAACACUGAUCCUAGAUCUGUGCCUAUGGGGUCCGCUUCUCCGUCUGCGUGUGAAAGGUUGUUGUUUUUUGAAGUGGACUUGUUGCUGUGGAAACCAGUGCCUAACUUUACCCCCCCCCCCCCCCCCCCCCCCCCUCCCAACCCUACACCCUCGGCCGUCUACAACCUACCAAUGUACAGAUUGUAAUGAUGCACUUUAGCCAAUUAGGGGAAAGGACUGCUUUGUGUAUCCAAGCCUUGAUUUGAUUGGUUUGUUCUGUAACCUGGAGCCCUAGAUGGAGUUGGUCUGUCUUUUACCACUCAGCUGAAGAGAAAUCACCUUCACUACACUGUGUGUUCCUGGUAGAAGACAGGACUGCAGACUGUCUCUCUCUCUCUGUCUCUCUGUCUCUCUGUCUCUCUCUCUCUCUCUCUCUCUCUCCCUCUCUCUCUCUCUCUCUCUCUCUCUCCCUCUCUCU